UGUAAUAUACUUUGAUAUCUUUGUUUAACAGAAAUGUCUCAUAUUGAGAUGAUUGAUCUUACAAACUCUCGUGAUUCCUCUCCAUCACCACACAUAUCUUCAUCUAAUGUACCAAUGAUCCUUAACAUUGGUCAUGUUUCUACCAAUCCUAAUCUUCACAACCAUAUACAUCAUCACCAACACCAAACUAAUGCGUUGGUCUCACUACCACAAAGAUUCAGGGUUCCACCACAAUCUGAAUUCAACAAUAACACCUCCCAGAUCACUACUAUGCCCCAACUUGGUAUACACAGUGGAAGCCCAGUUACGAGGGUUCUUCAACCGGUACCUGAACGAAAUACCUUUCCAUUCCCAAAUGGAUCUAGGCUCAGGGUCCCGUGGUCACAACAAGAGCAUGAUUUAUUUGUGAUGGGGUUGAUUGAAUAUGGAAAGGGAAAAUGGAGCAAAAUAGCAAAGCACUAUGUAUGCAACAAGACACCACAACAGGUUCAAUGCUAUGCUCGUAGCUUUUUCAAGUAUUUACCAGCUUCAUAUGUGCAUCGUUUUAAGGGAAAGAAACUAUCUUCAAACUCCAACAACUUUGUUUCUAGAAGAAACAAGGAAACUCUCGAUCUUUUUCCAAAGAAAGAUUAUAGAGGAGAAACUAGCACUACCAUGACUGUACCUAGGGCUGUUGUUGGUAAUGGAGAAGUUGAUGUGGAGCUUCGUUUGAGUUUAUAUAAGUGAGAACUUGAAUCAUAUGUGUUAAACAUGCAUUGACAAACUAAGCUACAAACUAGUAUAUCAUUUUAUUUAA